UCGGUUUCUCCCCCAGGAAAGGGGGCACGAUGCACGCAUGUGCCGGGGCCAUUCUAUCGAUUUCUGUGUUUCGCGCGAUAGUCACAGGGAGGCGUCCCCGGUGUGUCGUCGCGCUCCCGCCGCACUAACAACCGCGCCACCCGAAACAGCCCUGCACAUCGUCGGCACCCGGGUUCCUUUUCAAGGUUAAGUCGUUAACCCUCGCCGCCUACGCGCCUACCGAGAGCGAACGUCCUCCGCGAGCGGUCGCUCCAGGCCCAAAGUCCGUCGGCGGGAGGCCCGCUCCGUGUGCUGCGAUCGCGAGUGGACCGCGACUGACGAGUGCGAGUGACGGAAGACAGUUCGACAGCCGACAGGAACGGAGCGGCAAAUUACACGGACGGGGACGGACAGCGUGCGACGACAUCGUCGAGAGGGAGAAGGAGCCCGGCGGAUCGCGAGCGCACCGGCCGUUGCGGAGGGUGCGCAACGUGUACUCCGUUUCUGCGACGCCUUUAUCGGCGGAAACGACUACCGGCGGCGAAUCGGUCGCAGCGACAGCAACGGGAGACGCGCGAAAACGUUUACCAGCAACGACGCGCGAAUUGGAAAGUUUAUCGCGCCGACCCGCGCGCGCCAGCCCGGGAUCGUCGAACUCGCCCGCCUCGUGUCCUCGAGCCCGCUCGCGGUGCCUCGAUCUCGAUACGAAGAGCAACGGCGAACGAGUCCGCUCGGCAACACACUGAUCCGGGGCUACAUCGCACUCUUGCGCGCCCGAUCCGUUUUUAUCGGGACGCGAGGGAUAAUGGAUUAAUUUUCACCGGGGUGAGAGCUGGCCGACUCGGCGGCAGCGGCGGCGGCGACGACGACGACGACGACGACGCCGACGCCGGCAGCGCGGUUGCGACUACUACUCUCGGCACGGUGUACCAGGCGGCCGAGCGGAGCGAAGCAGCGGGAGUCCGCGAUAAAUCAAGGCGGCAGUUAUGCGAGCUACGCAGUCAUGAACCGCACGUCCUUGAACAUGAGACCCGCGCGACGGACGAAGCUGUUCCCAGCCCGAACGAUGACGGGUAUGUUGGCGUUGCUGCUGGUGCUGGCGACGACGUUGUCAGACGCGCGGUCCGAAUCGGCGAUUAGUCCGGUAGGUAGUGUGGUGGGGUCAGGUUCGGGUGUCUCGUCUUCGUCCUCGUCCGGCUCAUCAUCGUCGUCCUCGUCGUCGUCAUCGUCGUCGUCGUCGUCCUCAUCGUCCUCAUCGUCAUCGUCGGUGAUCGGCGUGGUGUCCGACGGCGGCUCCAGCUCGGGCAAUGGCGGCGGCAUGGGCGGCGUGGCGAACGGCGGCAACGGCGUCAUGGGUGGCGUCGGGGGCGGCAUCGGCGGCAUGAACGGCGGCGGCGGCGGCGGCGGCGGCGGUGGUGGUGGUGGACACUCGGCGAUCGGCGGCGGCAACGGCGGCAACGGUCGCUGCGAGGAGAUCACGAUCCCCAUGUGCCGCGGCAUCGGCUACAACCUGACGGCGAUGCCGAACGAGCUGAACCACGACAGUCAGGACGAAGCGGGACUGGAGGUGCAUCAGUUUUGGCCGCUGGUGGAGAUCAAGUGCUCGCCGGAUCUCAAGUUCUUCCUGUGCUCUAUGUACACGCCGAUCUGCCUACCGGAGUACACGAAGCCGUUGCCGGCUUGCCGGAGCGUGUGCGAGCGAGCGCGCGCCGGCUGCGCGCCGUUGAUGCAGCAGUACGGCUUCUCGUGGCCGGAACGCAUGGCGUGCGACCGACUGCCGAAUCACGGCGACCCGGACCGCCUCUGCAUGGAGCAAGACAAUCACACCAGCAGCACAGGUGGCAGCGGCGGCGGCGGUGGCGGCGGCGGCGGCGGCGGCGGCGGUAGCGGCGGCAACGGCGGCUCGCCGAGCAGCGGUGCUCCGGCGCCACCGGGUCCACCGGCGCGACCUACGCGACCCUCCAAGACCGCGCAACCAGCCCGCUGCAAGCCGGGUAAGAACCAAAAAAACUGCCAGCACCCCCCGGGGGAGAGGACGAGGGAUUGCGCGUGCAGGUGCAGGGCGCCCCUCGUGCCCCUGGGGGCGGUGGGCACGAUACUACCAGGACCGAUAAGCGGCGUCAGCGGCAGCAUCAGCGGAAGCACCAGCAGCGGGGUCGGUCUGGCCGGCAUGACCGUAAACGGAGCGAUUCCGGCGGCGGCGCCGCCGCCAAUGGGAAUCGGUCGCAGCGUCAUCCAGGACAUUGCGGGGGUGCAAGAUUGCGCCCUACCGUGCCACGGCGCGUUCCUCACCACCGAAGAGCGAGGUUUCGCAGCCGUAUGGCUGGCUCUGUGGAGCGGACUGUGCGCCGCCAGCACUCUGGUGACCGUCACCACGUUCCUGAUCGACACCCAGCGUUUCAAGUAUCCUGAGAGGCCGAUAGUCUUCCUCUCGGCCUGCUACUUCGUCGUGUCGGUGGGCUACCUGUCGCGGAACCUGUUCGGCCACGAGGAGAUCGCCUGCGACGGGCCGGCCCUCAAGUCCGGCGCUCAGGGCCCGGGUGCCUGCGUCACGGUGUUUCUCAUGAUCUACUUCUUCGGUAUGGCGUCCUCGGUGUGGUGGGUGAUCCUGGCGUUCACGUGGUUCCUGGCGGCGGGUCUCAAGUGGGGCAACGAGGCGAUAGCGUCGUACUCGCAGUACUUCCACCUGGUGGCCUGGCUCGCGCCGACGGUGCAGACGGUCUGGGCGUAUGUCGCCGGCGGAGUCGCCGGUGACCCAGUGGCCGGAGUCUGCACGGUAGCGCCCGAGGGAGUGCGCAACUUCAUCCUGGCGCCUCUGUUCGUUUACCUGCUGUUGGGCACGAGCUUCUUGCUGGCCGGCUUCGUGAGUCUCUUCCGUAUUCGCUCGGUGAUCAAGCGCCAGCCCGGCGCCAAGGCGGACAAGCUGGAGAAACUGAUGAUACGCAUCGGCGUGUUCAGCGUGCUCUACACUUUGCCGGCGGGGGUGGUGUUAGCCUGUCACAUCUACGAGUCGACUCUGCGAGACGAAUGGCUCAGCUCGCUGGCGUGCCCCUGCCGACCGCGCGCGAGACCGCUCUACUCCGUCCUCAUGCUGAAAUACUUCAUGGCGCUCGCGGUCGGCAUCACCUCGGGCGUCUGGAUCUGGAGCGGCAAGACGGUCGACUCCUGGAAGCGAUUGUGGAGGCGUUUGUUCGGUGGCGAUCACGGCGCGACCGGCCAUAUGGCCGCUGGCGCUGGUAUGGUGGCCGGGGUGACCGGAGUCAGCGGCGGUAUCGGCAGUGCCAGCAUCAAGGGUGUCGUGGGCCGCGUCGCGGUGCCGUAUCCACCGGCGCCAGGUCCGGGUAGCGCUCUCCUACCGCCCGGCAGCGUCGCCAGCGCGUCUCAACACCACCUCCACCAUCACGUACUCAAGCAACCUCCGCUCUCGCACGUAUGACGUCACCAGUCGGCGGGAGGCGACAUGAACACCGCUGGAUGCGAGCAGCAGCAGCCGCAGCAGGAGAGGCCUUCCGCCCUCAGCAACUAUGGGCCCAUCUAGCCCUUCGCCUCGGCCUCGCGCAGGCACAACACGCCGCACACGGCACCGCAUACCGCGCCGCACACUCCCCACUCGGCGGCGACGAUAUACUCCAGGAGAUCGCUCGCGUCCACGACGGGACCGCUGACGCCGGCGCACGGCAUCGCGCCCUCCUACACGCAAGCCACCGAGGUGUGAGAGCACGCGUAGACGAGCCGGAAGCUCGCGUCGCUGCAUCAUCAGAUGGGAGACUAUGACCAGCCGAGGCGCUGUGUCGGCGUGUGUCGUCAUCAUCAUCAUCGGCCAUUUUUGCUUCGCGAUGGACGACGAGCGACCGCGGUGCUUCUCGAUUACCCGAUAUACGUAUUAGCCUGUACGUGUCUUCUUCUCCCGCGGGAAUCUCGAGAAAUCCUCUCUUCGAGCUCAUCGGGAUGGUCGUCGUCGUCGUCGUCGUCAGCAGCAGCAGCAGCAAUAGCAGCAGCAGCAGCAGCAUCAUCAUCAUCAUCAUCAUCAUCAUCAUCAUCAUCAUCAUCAUCAUCAUCAUCAUCAACGAUGUCAGCAUGAGCAUCUCUAUCGUCGACGACAUCCCCUUGCCGAUUGAUUCCAAGGAUCGUGGCUGAUGACUCGCGCGAAACCUGGUGAAUCCUGGCGGACGCAGGAGGAGGACGGGUGCCAAUCCGGCAGAGAGGGUCGCUCGAGUGCCGCGGUAUAGUGAGAUUGUGAUUUAGAAAGACGAAAGACUUGGUGGGCGAAGAGCUGCGAGAGAGCAGCAGCGAACGGUCGAUAGAUUUCUCUGUCUUUAUCAACAUCUAUCUAUCUAUUCUCUCUCUCUCUUUUUCUCUCUCUCUCUCUCUCUCACUCUCUCACUCUCUAAUCUUACAUUCUCGUAGCGGCGCUCGUAAAGCCCGCGUGUCCGUCUAACGUGUAUCGUCUCGUCUAUUUAUCUAAUCUAGCCGUUAAAAACAGAAACCACGUGGAGGUGUAUGUGUGUAUGUGUAUGUGUAUCAGCGAUAGCGACGGCCUGCUCUCUCGCUCUUCCUGCCUGUUCUCCUCGCGAAAGGAGGCCAACUGCCGUGUUGUCCUCGGCGUCAAGCGAGUCGUCGAGGUCCCUUCCUCCAGGUCCUUCUCGCGAAACGACCGAACCAAAAAUUCUUCCCCACUGCCAUGCCUCGCGACAGAGAGUGAUCGCGAAAGUCUGAAAGUAGUCCACCGAGACGAGAAGAGAUCAGGCCGCCGCCCGUGAUGGCGAACGCGCGCGCGCGCGUGCGAGAUAGUGCGAACGAGUGUGUACAGGCAGGACGUCGGAGAAUUAACGAGGCGGGAAUGGACUACUGUAAAUAUUGUUCUUAGAUGUUAGUCGCGCUGUAAAUAAAAACGGUCGCCAGGCACGUUGUAGGGGUAUUUCUGUUCUUUUUCUUUUCUUUUUCUUUUUCUUUACUUUUCCGAAGAACGCGAGGGUGGACGACCGCACUCGUGGCGCGCGAUUAUUCCCGACGCGCGGUCACGUGUUCCCCCCUCCCCCCCCCGUGACGAAGAGAGCAAUUGUCAGAAGAGCGAUAGUCUUGCCGUUCGGCCGCGGCUCUAAAGGUUCGCUGAUUGGACCGCGUCGUGCAACGUCGAGCACUAUAAUCCGCCGACUUUCCUCGAGGCAAACGAAAGACAGACGCGAGGCUCCGGAUCUUUGGGGGAUUUGCAAGAUUAUUCACGCGCAAUCACACGAAUGGACACAUUCUUUUUUUUUCUUUCACGUCUCAUUGACGUUUUCCUCAAUCUCGGCAGGUUGCUGCGAGAUUAAUCGUCGACAUCCUGCGACGAAAAUCUCAGGAAGGUUGACGAAAUCUGCCAAAAGUGUUACUCCGUUAAGUUUCAAUUUGUACGUACGUAUUAUCGAGUCUUAAGAUCGUACGCUCGCUUUUCUUUUGUUUUCUCUUUUUAUUUUCCUUUUUUAUACGAUAAGAAUACGAGACUCUUGAUUCCAGAUUGCACGACGCGAUCCGCGAUUAAUCCGCGCGUGUUGCACACAAUAUUUUCGAGUUAGAUUUCACUCUUGUUGCCGCGUCGUCGUCGUCGUCGCCGCCACGGCCGGACGAUUGUCACGGAAUGCAAACGUACGAGAAUCCGUGCGCGUUCACCCCGAGUGCGAAACAAUACAUAUUGUAAGUCAAACGUACACACACAUACAUGCAUACAUAUACAUAUACAUAUAUAUAUAUAUGUAUAUGUGUGUAUAUAUAUAUAUAUAUAUAUAUAUAUAGGUCCGCCUCGCGAAGAUCACAAUAUAAUUUAACACGUCGGUGUACUAGGUCGAACUUUUUUAUACCGUAAGUCAGGGCGUGUCACAUUUCCGUCGCGUUCGCGGGGUUCGCGGGGUUCGCGGGGACCGAUGAUAACACAAGAACGGGGGGAGAAGAGGAAGAAGGGCGCGCGCGCGCGCGAGACGCCUUUGCGCCUUUUCAUCGUAGCGAGGCGCGUUGGGUCGGCUGUGCCUCGCGCUCACACGUGUCGCGAAGAGGGCGGCGGCGAACGACGCGAUAGCGUCGAUAGCGGAGAAAGAGGUCGCGGAGAGGGGCUCCGAGCCGCCCUGCUUCGCCCGGGGGCGCGAGGCAACCCCGGAAGGAAAUCUAUGCACCCCGCCCCCGCCGUUUUCCCCCGAGCAUAGCGGGUUAGAGGAAAAUUAUGCACGCGCGCGUAUGUAAGUCCCGGUGAUUUAGAAGUAGCGCCAAAGCGAGAUUACGCACGAGACGACGUAUUACGGGAGGAGUCCGGGGGGCGCGAACCCUUUGGAGGAGGAGGAGGAGGAGGAGGGCGUAUUGUGAAGCGACGAGCGGAGACGCGCCGGAGAAAGCGAGGAACCGGGCGACUCCUCCGGCCCGACAUUUAUCUCGUAAUAGGAGUACGACCGGACGUAAUGAAAUGCGAACUGCAUGGCCGUGUUGAAUCGACCGGACGAAUGAUACAUCGGUCCGGGACGUUACGGCAGAUCCGCGAGUCCACGACGAACCCGAGGAACUUGACUGUGUAACGAGAAGGAGAACGGCCAAACGAGAGAGGAGGAUACGCAGAGUCGGUAUCCGACAACGCGCUUUACCGCCCAGGUGACUCCUUCUUCAUUACGAAAGGCGUGGAGCGAGCGCGCAGCGCGCUAGGAAACGAACGCGAAGCGAACAAACUGUCUCGUACAAGCGAACGCAGAAAAAAAAUGCGUAACCGUCGUGUCUUAGACGGAAACCUCUGCCAAACGGAGAACGUACAUGUGUAAUGUUAUUAAAAAAAAAAAAAAAAAAAAAGUAGCGGGAGUAAAGACGUCUUACAAUUAAUGUCUACAUAUCACUCCAA